AUGGCGGCGCAGUCUUAUGGGACGAUGACCGACAUGAGCAUGCUGCAAGGAGACUGCAAAAGCAUAAAAAUGAGUUCAGCAUCAAAGCACAAGAAGAAAAGAAAAAAUAAAUUUGGUGCCACGUCCCCCCCAUUUAUUGAUUACUUGAAAGAGAUUUUGAGAAGGUACCCAGAUGGGGGACAAAUAUUAAAGGAGCUGAUACAGAAUGCAGAUGAUGCAGGAGCUACAGCUGUGGUGUUUAUUCAUGAUGAGAGACAUUAUGGGACUCAAAGCCUGUGGGGUGAAGAGCUCAGAAAGUAUCAAGGACCUGCUCUCUAUGCCUUCAAUGAUGCAGCCUUCACAGAAGAAGACUGGGAAGGAAUUCAGAGAGUUGGUAGAAGCAUCAAGCAGGAUGACCCAACAAAAGUUGGCAGAUUUGGGAUUGGCUUCAACUCUGUCUAUCAUAUUACAGAUUUGCCAAGUGUAUUUAGCUCCAAACACCUUGCCAUUUUUGACCCACAAAAGAUGAUGUUUGGAGAUGAGCAGGAAGGCUAUCGAUGGUCAUUAGAUGAUGAAGAGGACAGAGAAAGUCUUUUGAACAUGAGAGAUCAAUUUCAGCCCUUUCAGAAUAUUGUCAGUCAAGUCAAUAAUUGCUCCUGGGAGAAGGUCAUCAGAGAGGAUCAGUACUUAAAAGGAACCCUCUUUCGUUUCCCUCUGCGUAAUGAAGCUUCUGAGAUCUCAGAUAACUUAUAUGACUCCAAGAAAGUUACAGAACUUUUUGACAGUUUCAUUGCUGAUGCAGACAUAAGUCUUCUUUUUCUGAGAAAUGUGUCAUCCAUUACUUUGCUGCAUAUUGACACCAAUGGCUCAUGCAAAGAAAGACUAAAAGUUUCAGUGUCAAGUCACUCGGUAUCUCAUCAUAAUCAGAAGUUGCAUGUCCAGCAGGAAUCUGUGGACAGAAAAACGUGUUUCAAAACUGUAUCACACAUAUCCCGGCAAAUGGAAGAAACAAAGUUACAGUGGCUUGUGGUCCCUUGUCUUCUGAAAAAAGGAUGUAUACCAGAGAUUGACUCUCUAGCCAAUAAACUAAGCUUCUACCCUCAAGUUGAUGUAGCAUUUCAAUUAGAUGAAGACAGAUCGCUUUGCAAUGGACGACUAAGUUGCUUUCUGCCCCUUUCAAACAAUGAAUCAAACAAAACUGGGCUUCCUGUUCACAUCAAUGCUUGCUUUGGCCUGACAGACAAUCGGAGGUACAUCAAGUGGCAAGAGGAGGAUCAGAAGAACGAUGAGGCUGCAAUGUGGAAUGAGCUUCUUAUAAAAGAUGUUCUUCCUAUUGUAUAUCUAAUGAUGAUCCUAGAUGCUAUUCAGUUGUCCAGAAGCUCAGCCCUGCCUGCUGCCACUGUGUACAAUCUUUGGCCUGACCUGACCAAGACUGUACACACAGAUAGGUGGCAUAAAGUUGCAAAGGACACCCUGAAGCGUCUGUUUCAAUGUGAGAUCUUUCAUCUUGCCGAUAAUGAGAAAAUCUGGGUGUCUCCCUCAGAUGCAGUUUUUCCAGACAACACUUUAUGUAGUGACACACUGACUGCAGUGUCAAGAUUAUUGAUUGCAAAGGGGGAGAACCUUGUCAAAGUCCCAGAACAUGUUUUGAAAGAUGUUGAAGAAACAUUUGCUGGAAGUGAUACCUUGAAAAGAGUGACCCCAUCUUUUGUUAGAGAUGUCCUUCGUAGAAGUGAUGUGGAAAGCUUCAGGAAAGAUGAUAAAUAUUCUCUUCUUCAAUUUGUGCUCAGUGAUGAGAAGUACACCGAGCUACAAGGUCUUAAGCUUCUGCCACUCAGUGAUGGAACCUUCACUUCACUUAGCAACAAAGAGCAGAACACUGUUCUAAUUGACAAUGAGAGGUUUCCAAGAACAUUGCUGCCAUUUUGUAAAGAAAGGUUUUUACCUGACGAUCUGAGCCAUAUUUGCACAAUGCACCUAAGGAAACUUGCAUCAAACAGCAAAUAUAACAUAAUCAAUUUGGAUGCAAAACACGUCAUUGCGCUCAUCAAGAAGCACAUACCCAUGGACUGGAGAGAGAACCAAGGUCAUGUGACAUGGAAUCCAGCAAAAGAUAAUCAUCCACCUAAGAGCUGGCUGGCUGAAUUCUGGAAGUUUCUAAGCACUGAAUUGGAGGAGUUAAGUGACUUUAGUGGAAUGCCUUUAAUACCUCUGGAGCCACUCCAAAAUUCGGGCAAUUCGAUAUUGUUAGCCAGGUUGCAAAGGAACACCACUUUAAUCUUUCAGAGUAGCAGGGGGUCCAUCUUGUCAGAUCAUGUUCAGAAAGUGGUAAAGAUGGUGGGGUGUACAGUCAUAAAAAGAGACGAGUGUCUCAGACAUCAUGACAUUGAGAGUUACGUUCUUCCAGCUUCACCAAAAAAUGUCCUACAGGUUUUGAUGAACUCAGCCAGAGAUCAUGUCAUCAAACACAUUGCCUCUGCAUCACUACAUGAAAAAGAAGAGUUUAAAGUGUACCUCUCUUCAUUGGAUUCUCUCUCAAAUGCUGAACAGGAAUUGCUUUCUUUGUUACCAAUCUUCAGGCUGAUGUCUGGGAAAUAUAUUGCAGCUAAAUCAAAGCAGGCAGUUGUUUUAACCACCAAUCCAGCCAUUCCAAAAGAUCUGCCCAUGCCUGAGACCAUUGUACAGUGUGCGAAUGAAACUGAUCGCAGACUUUUGACUCUUCUUAAUAUUGAACUGUUGGAUGCAGCUAAGGUGGCUAUUCAUUUGGUUGAUUGCAUAAAGACAGCCUAUUUCCGAAAAGAUGAGGAACAGACAAUAAUGAGCUGGAUACUGAAUCACGGUUGCAUUCUACUCUCACAAAGUGAGAUGCUGCUCACAAAAACUAAAGAUCUCAAUUUUAUUCAGACCACUCAGGGAGAACACAAACAAGCCUCAGACGUUUUUGAUCCCAGAAACAAGACAUUCCAAGAUCUAUUCGAGGCAGAUUUAUUCCCCCCACCUUUUUACACAAAGAAUCAAGAAAUGCUCCAGAGCUUGCAGCGCCUUGGCCUGAAGACAGAAGAAAAAGAAAUAUCAACAGCAAACAUACUCCAAGUCAUGAAACAUAUUGAAAAUCUUCGUAUCUUCUCACCAAAUAAGGCACUCAAAAAAGCAGAUACUCUUGUUAGAGUAUUGAAUGUGAAUGAUUUACUUUCAAAACUCUCUAUUACAGAGAGAAGAGAGGUAAUGCAAAUGCAAUGGGUACCCUGUGAAAAUCCAAAGUCUCAAAAGAGAUGUCUCUAUAAACCAGAUGAAGUAAGGGAUAUCAAAUAUUCGGCAAUUGUUGGAUAUGUAAUGCCACUUACCUCUGAGCUAACACCGAGUGUCUGCAAACAUCUUGGUCUUUAUGACCCUCCUCCUGCUGAAAAGGUCUUGGAGAACCUGUCUGUACUGGGAUCAAUUUCAGCUGACAUGGUCAAUCCAGAUUCAGAUUUCCAGUUUAAAACCAAGUUGCACAAUAUUUACAAAUACAUGCAAGACAACAUGGGAAAUUUCAGAGAGGCUAUGAAUGCAAAAUGCAUCCCCUUGCUAUGGAAUCAAAUAGAGUUUGUCGCUCCAAGAGACAUAGUUUUAGCCUAUCCAUCUGAAUUGGAUCUGAGCUCCUAUAUCAAGAAAGUGCCUGAAGAGUUUUUGAAGUAUGAAAAGAUGCUAAGGGAAUUUGGUGUAAAGGAGACACUGUCUGAUGAGGAGAUUGAAGAAGUACUCCAUGACAUACAACAAAGAAUUGAUGACAGGGAUCCACCUUAUGGAGACUCGACAGAACUCAAAGUGUCAAUAGCCAUUCUUGACUGGAUGCGAAAAAAUGAAAAGUUUUUAAAGGAUGAUACCCCUGUGCCUGUCAUGGCAGAAAACAAAAGCUUUACUUUGCAGUCUUUGUCCAAAACAGUCUUCUGUGACAUCAGUGCUGAAGGAUUGGAUGACCUGAAACAAGACAACGAGGAAUUCUAUGUUAUUCAUGAGGAAGUACUACCCCUUACUGCAAGGUGGUUGAAAAUACCAUUUUUAAGUACCCGCAUCUUAAAACCACAGUUCAUAACAACUGAUCAAGGAUCCUUUGGUAUAGAACAAUGUGGGCAGUCAGAGCCAAUUACGCAAAGAAUUAAGAACAUUCUUAAAGAGUAUGAUGAGGAAAGUGACAUUUUCAAAGAGCUCAUACAAAAUGCUGAAGAUGCAGGAGCAAGCACUUGUAAAUUCCUCCUGGACUUCAGAAAACACAGAGACCCACCUGAAACCCUCAUUGAUGAUGGAAUGGCCAUCUGCAAUGGACCAUGCCUUUGGAUCUUCAACAAUGAGCUCUUUUCAGAAGAAGACUGGACAAACAUUGUCAAAGUGGGAUCAGCAUCAAAGGAAAGCAAAGUUGAGAAAAUUGGGAAGUUUGGGCUUGGAUUUAAUGCAGUUUACCAUGUAAGCGACAUUCCCUCUAUUUUGAGUGGGAAAAGCCUUCUCAUUCUAGAUCCAAAUGUCACCCAUUUGGAGAAGCACAUAGUCAGCAAAGGAAACCCUGGAAUUAAACUUGACCCAUUCCAGGAACGUCUCUACAAAAGGUUUCCUGGACAGUUCAAGUCUUAUGAGGGCAUUUUUGAUUGUGAUCUGUCAGUACAAAACAGCAAGAAAACGUACAAUGGCACUUUGAUUAAAUUACCAUUUCGCACUGUGGAGGAGGCAAACAAGUCAGAGAUCAGUGCAAAGGUAUAUGACGAAGAGCGAAUUAAAGGUUUUAAACAUUAUUUGACUGAAAAUUCACAAACUCACCUACUGUUUCUAAAGAACAUUAUGUCUAUGUCACUUCAAAUUGUCCCUGAAAUUGCAUUCACUCCUCCACUGGAUGAUCAGAUUCAGACUAGUCUCAAAUUGUCUAGAGAAGUCAUGAAUUCAUUUGCUGUCUCAAAUGACACACUUAUCCAAGAGAUCAAGGGGACCUUCAUGAAGGGUGAUAUCACAUGCCACAACAUAAUUGACUAUAGUAGGGCACAGCUUGUUAAAAUAGUUCAGGAUAACCAAGAGGGAUCGCUUACCCAGUACUGGCUUUUGUACUCUUGUUUUGGGACACAGGAUUCUUUGCGAAUGUUCCAGAGAAGAAAUGAACAUGAACAUGUGUUUUCUUUACCAAUUGGAGGUAUUGCUGUACCUUUACUUAGAGAAACACAAACUAAUGUGUGGUCCCCUAAUGAAAGCCUAUUUGGCCAGGCUUUUUGUUUUCUUCCUCUUCCAAUUGAGACAGGUCUUCCAGUCCAUGUCAAUGGCACUUUUGCUGUCACUUCAAAUAGGAAAGGACUAUGGGGGAAAGGAUUAAAGUCUGAGUGGAACAACGCCUUACUUAAAGAUGCUGUAACUUCUGCUUACAUCACUACCCUGCUUGAGCUGAAAAAAAUGGCACAAAAUGGAAAUCUCCAGAACUAUCCCUUCUACACAUUCUGGCCUAGAACAGAGAAAGUCAGUGAAACAUUUUUACCCAUGGUUAAGUCUUUCUACUCUGCAAUUGCACAGAAUGACAAUGGGAAAUCUCUGGAGCUUUUCAGUAAUGGACAAAAUUGGUGUUCUAUGGACAAGGCCAGAUUUAUGAAUACAAAAAUUGAGGAGAGCAGAGCAGUUGGAAAUAUUGCCAUGAAAGUGUUCUUGAAUAUGGGAGAAUCAGAUUCCUGUGUUGUUUCACUUCCAUCCUGGGUAAGAGAGAGUUUCAGUCAGUGUGGCUUCAAAGAAAUGAUAAAACAGAAAACAAUGAACUGGCCUGAGUUUUAUGAAGUUGUUUUGAAGAACUUGAGUGUCCUGGACACACACAGCAGAAAUGUUCUUGUGCUAAAUGCAAUUGACUUGAAUGAUCCUAUUGUUGAUGACCUGCUAAAAGGGUGCCCUUGCAUUCCUACACAGAGAUGUAAGGAGCUUCAAUUCAUCAAGCAAGUUGUGAAUCCUUCUGGUAAGGUGGCUUGUUUGUACGAGCUUGAAGAAGGAUGCUUUGUUGAAGGGACUGAAACUGACUUCCUCUCACCCAAAAGGAUUCAACGGCUUUCAGGUUUGGGAAUGCUGAAUGACCGCCUCCCAUUCGAGGACAUCAUAGACAGAGCAGGGAGAGUAUCCAGAGACUGGCAACAUGAUAAAUCAAAAUGUCUUAAACGUCUUCAGUGUCUCAUUGAGUCAAUAAAGGACUCUUCAGAAGAUGUUAAUUCUCAGCGCUGGGUAUUACUAUCUCAAAUAUCAUUCCUCCCAGCUGUAGCUCCUUUAGUUCAGCAAAACAAGAAUGUCACCAUUCCUAAAAAACCAGCUGAAGUUUACAUUGACAAUUGCCGCAAUUUAGUAAGCAUGACUGAAUUCACAGUUGAUCAUUCAAACCUUCAAAUACACAAUAUGGAUCCCAUUCUCAAAACAUUGCGAGUACAGACAAAUCCACCAGUUGAAACAGUGCUUCAGCAGCUGUUAAAAGCACACCAACAAGCCAAUUCAAUUGAAAAGGCAGUUCUCCUUAACAUUGCCCAGUUUUGCUAUGAAUACCUCAACACUUAUUUGUUGGAACAGAACGAUCCCCGUUCCAUUGUUGCAUUUGCAAAAUCACAUCCAUUCAUUUUAAUCGAGGAUCACUUUGUAAAUGUGAGGUCAGUGGCCAGAAAUGAAGAAUAUGAGGUGAAACCAUAUCUCUAUAUCCUACCAGCCAUCUUCUCUAAAUUUGAGAGGCUCUGGGACUGUAUUGGUAUUACAAAACUAUUUACGAAAGAGCAAUUUGUGGCUGCACUUGAGAAUAUUAAAGCUUUCUAUGGAUCUCAGCCUCUUUCUGCUUCAGACCUUCAUAAAUGUGUUUCAAUACUCAUGAAAUGGCUGUUAAAAGUAAAUAAUGAUAAGUUAGAACAUUGUCUCAUACCUGAUGAAAGUGGCGUGCUGACAUAUUCUAAUGAGCUCAAAUUUAAUGACAGUCAAUGGAUUCCUGUUUUGGCUGGUGUCAAGCUCACCCAUGAAUUGAUACCUCGAGCAGUUGCAUGUCAUUUUGGUGUUGUGACAACAAGACACCAUACCCUGAAAAAUCAUUUGGUCAGUGGAUUUUCUCUUAUUGCCAAAGAGUUCGGACAAACUGAGAAGUUAACUGUCAGAAUUAAAAACAUAAUUGAUGCAUAUCCAUCUAAAAAGGAUAUUCUGAAAGAGCUCAUUCAAAAUGCAGACGAUGCAGAGGCAACAGAAAUUCACUUUGUAUGGGACAAAAGAACACAUCCAACUACAAAAAUAUUUGAAACAAAAUGGGAACUGGCUCAAGGCCCAGCACUUUGUGUAUACAACAACAGAACAUUUUCUGAAGCUGAUAUUCAAGGUAUUCAACAGCUGGGGGAAGGAGGAAAACGUGACACUUUAGGAAAGACUGGGAAAUAUGGACUUGGGUUCAAUUCUGUGUAUCAUUUAACAGAUUGUCCUUCUAUCCUGUCCGGUGACAAAUGGCUCUGCAUUUCUGAUCCAAAUCUGAAAUAUGUGGACAAUGCAACACAGCAGUCCCCAGGGUGCAUGUAUUCAAUGACAGAUGAAUUUAAGAUGUCUUUUGAGGAUGUUUAUUCUACAUUUCUACCAGAAAUGUUUACACUUAAUUCUGGAACCAUGUUCAGGCUCCCUCUCAGGACAGAACAAAUGGCAGAAGAAUCUGAAAUUUCUAGGCGUAUAGUCAAAGACGAUGACAUGAAGGAAUUUUACUAUGCCUUGACUGAAGAUCCCGAGGGUCUAAUUCUCUUCCUGAAAUACAUCACAAAAAUACAGUUCUCAGAGAUCAGUAAAGAUGGAAAACUAAAAUGUACUUUCAUUAUUGAUAGAAAAUACACAGAAAAGAACAUGGUACUAAAGGAAAAUUUUGACAACCAUGUUCGGAAAUCCCUCAUGUCAGGGAUACCAGAACCAUGCAAAACCAUCUACAGCAUGCAGAUCUCAAAUGGAGAAAAGCAAAGUCAGUGGAUCAUUGCAGAAUGCUUUGGCUCUUUGAAACAAAACCAUGUGAGCGAAAACAAGCAGAUGAACUUCAAAGUUCCUCAAGCAGCAUUGGCUGUAUGUUUUAGCAGCAUGUUUAAGCAUAAUUUCAUUGGUAGGGCAUUUUGUUCUUUGCCUUUGCCUGGACAAACUGGUUUACCAAUACACGUGAAUGCCAAUUUUGAAGUAGACUCUUCUAGAAGGGACUUGUGGAAAGAAGAUGGUGAUAGUCUGAAAACUGAAUGGAACCAGUCCUUGAAAGUAAACAUCAUUUCACCACUCUAUGCUGACCUCCUAUUACACCUCUGUACAGUCAUGAAGAAAGAUAAACCCACUAAUCUUGUGUACCUCAACACGGAGCUAGAGACUUCCUGCCUUAAAUACUUUCCAUGCAAUUCGAAGGAAGUAGACAAAGUCUGGCAUGAGAUGGUCCAUGAGGUGUAUAGAUCAGUCAACGAACGUGAACUUUCUGUCAUACCAACCAUUCACGCUGUUGCAGACAAGUCAUCAUAUCAUGCCAACAUCACAUCACUACCAAAAUACACAGUGAACUGGUGCAGUGUUUCUAAACCAGAUUCAGUGGAUUGUCCACAUUUUACAACUAAGGACCAUGAAGGCAUUUUAGAAAUUUUAGAUGACCUUGGUAUGAAAUUGGUACCACCGUCUUUUAAAAUACAUCAAAUAAAAGGUAAUUUCAAAGCAGCUGGUGUGAAUGUGUCAGAAGUCAGUGCUUCAGCAGUGGUGAAGUUCUUGAAGCAAAUAUCAGUGAAUGACCCUAAACAGACAACAAAUGGUUUGCCUUUGCCCAUUAACCAGACAUUGAUCAAAGACAAAAAAAGAUGUUCAAAACUUUUGAGCUUCUGCUUGACCAGUUAUGAUGUGAAAAAAGCUGUCCCUGACCUCAAUAAGGUGCCUCUACUCCUCACCCAAGAUCAAUUUUUAAGAGUCUUCAACUCAAAAUCCCCAAAGCUAAUAUCAAGUUUUAACAGCCUUUUCCAUGGACAUCAGGAAAUGUUUGCAGACAUUGAAGUCAGUGCAUCACACUACAUCCAAUCUCUGCGAGAAGGAAACUUCAUUAAGGACUUGACAGUUGCUAUUGGAGCAGACUACUUAAAAGCAGAACUUGCGCAACUGCUCAGGCUGUUGGUACCUGAUCAAAAGUGUCAACUCUACAAGGCAGAGAAGGAGAUAAUCACAUGGCUAAAAAUUUUAUGGAGCUUUUUUAAUGAUCAAGACCGAAUCACCCAAAAUGGAAAGCCGAACGUCUACAGUGAGAUUAAAAAGCACUUCAAUGACAGUCCUAUUCUUCCAGUUAUCUGCCCAAUUCAGAAUAAUACGCAUUUCUUACAAACAAUGAGUAAUGUAUCAAAAGUGAUUCUGAAUUCAGAUGAAAAAAUAGGAACCAUUCUCAUUAAACUUGGGUUCAUGGAAUUAGACAGCAUCUUUUUCAUUGGUCACACUGAAUUCCGUUUCAUUAAUCUGUAUCCUGAACUCCUGAAUACAAGAGACAGCAGUGCUGUUUUGCAGCAGGUUUAUCAUGCAUCUCAUUCACAGUUUGAGGAGCUGUCUGAUGGUGAACGUGAAGAGCUUCAACGCUUCUUGCAGCAUGGGAUUCGAGAUUCCAAAAACAAGAGUGAAUAUGCAAGGAUGCUCAAGUCUUUGCCCCUGUUUGAGUCGAUAUCUGGCAAACGCAUAAAGAUUGACGGAUCUGUAUUCAUUCUGAAUUCUAAGCAUUACUUUGACUUUCCAAACCUGUUCACUGUAGAAGGGUGUGGAAGUAUUUUUCUUAAGAACAGCUCCCUGAACAAAGAAUUGACAGAAAGUCUUAAUAUUCCGAUUUUAGAUGAUACGGAUUUCUGUGUACGGUUUAUUCUUCCUUCUUUGCAUACGAUGAAAGAGGCCAAACUUCUUGAUUUAAUUCGGUUGGUAGUGGAACUUGGACCGGUGGAUGACAAGAUUGUCUCUGCAUUGAAAGGGAUCUCAUUUAUUCGAGACAUGCAUGGCUCUCUUCAGGUGGCUGCAAACUUCUAUGAUGAGAAAGUACCUCUUUACAAAAUCAUGCUUCCAGAAGAGAGAUUUGUGCAAGAACAGUUUUGGGACAUUUUCAAAGAUAAACGUUCUGAAGCACUGUGUCUUCUGAAGACCAUUGGGUUAAAACAUAAAGUGUCAGAUGAGGAAAUCAUUGAGUUUGCAUCUCAAAUUGAAUCUGAAAUUAGAGGCACCACUUCCCUUGAUGUUCUUAAGGAAAGAUCAAAACUGUUGUUUGAGACUGUUUUAAAGAAGAGUAGUGGGAAAAACUCUACUCUUUUGAACAGAAUUGCUACCAUUAAAUUCAUUUUCCCAGUGGACAUUCAGCCAGCACUUUGUGAUUAUCACAAGGCAUUUGCUCAAGAGAGAGAGGUUGUUCCAAUCAGUGGAUCUUUAAUUGAAAGAGACACUGAUCACCAGUAUUUCAUAUGGACAUCCAUGCCAAUACUGCCUUUAGAACACUGCUCUACUAAAAUCAUAGAGAAAAUUCAGAAGGCUGGAGCAUUGGAAACCCCACUGCCUGAACAAAUCGCUAAUAAUCUGAGAAACAUAUGUAGUUCCCCGUGCCAAACAGACAGUUUGCUGAAAACAAGAGAGAAAGUGUUUAGCAAAACGUAUGCAUACCUGCAGUCGGUGACAUUUGAUGCCUCUCUGUACUCAGACCUCCCCAUUAUCUUGGUGGAAAAAGGGACAACACUUGUGAAAGCCCAGCAGACAGCCCUUGUGCUAAAGAAUGCUCUUGAGUUUAGACCUUAUUUGUACAACAUCCCCUCAGAUUAUAUGAAAUUUGAAGACUUCUUCAAGAAGAUUGGCUUAAAUGAGAGACCCACAAUUGAACAAUACAAUACUGUUCUUCAAGAAAUCUAUUCAGAUAGCUCUGACAAAGACAAGCUUCAGGCAAAUCAGCAGAAAACAGCACAGCGUGCUGUACAGCAGCUGUUUUGUCUGAUGAAAGAGGAACAGAAGGAAACACUUUUCCAAAACUCCCCACUUUAUCUUCCAUCAACAGAUGGAAGACUCUACAAAUCAAGCACAUUGUUUUUCAAUGAUACUGUCUUCCAGGCCUCAAGACUAGAGGGUCCUUUGGAAACAAAACUGAAAUUACUUGAAAAAUUAAACCACUGCCACCUUGGAGAUGAUCACUAUGAACAUCAAAAAUAUGUGCAGUUGCUUCCUCUGCAAGCCCGUCCCAAAUUUCUUUCUGAUGUAAUUUCCGAAAACCUGGAUGGAACAAGUGUCCAAUAUUGCGAUUUUAAAGAGGGCUGUGAAUUUGGUAGUUGGUUUGAAGAUCACUUGUGUUCUGCUGCAUUUCUUCACGGUUUAGCCUGUCUCAUCAGAGAAGAGAGCAAUGGUGAGAUUUCACAGUCUGAAGCUACUCAAAUGUGUGGGAUGCUCUUUUCUAAGAUUCAAAUGAUCUGUUGCAAAACUCUUCAAACUGAGAUUCUGUUAAACCUGGAGCCACUUGAGGGUAGCAAGACUGAAACAGAUGUUUAUGUGAAAAAACAGCAAGAUGGAUGUACGUUCUACUUGAAACACCACGAUGACAUGGCCCACAAAGUAGUAAAUGAAGUUACCAUGUGUCUUACCAAAGAAAUAAAUGCACUUCUGAAGAACUCUCUGGCCACCUCAAGGCUUCCAGUCCUUGGGCAACUUCUGUACUGUGAUAACAUGGAGGAUGUUGAGAAAGUUUUGUCAAAACAUUGCAUUCAUAACACUGGCCACAAAGAGGAAGGACACGGUGUCUUACCUGAACCUGGAUGUCGUGUACCUGAAGAAUGGCAUGAUUGCCUUGAUAUGAGCUUCCUGAACAAUUUUGAAAGUGGAGAGUAUGUUGGCUUCAGUAAAGAUGAAUCGGGUGAAUAUUUCUAUGCUAUUAUUAUAGAGCGACUGGAUGAUUCAUUGGAACAAACAAGACAAUAUCCUGCUAGAUAUAAAAUACAAUUGGGCUGUGAUGACUUCAUUGAAGUAAGCUCUCUUGACCUGUACCAAUUUAAAAGGGAAAAGAAGGAAAGAAUGCCAACAUGGUCCACUUGCACAGAUGUACAACCUCUUUUAACAUCUGUGCCUCCACCCAACAGUUGCACAUCUGAGCCUGCACCCUCUAGAGUCACACCUGAGCCUCCACUCAGAAAAGCCUUUCCACAGACAUUGGAAGAGGCCAAAAAAGAAAUUGACCAAAGCUUAAAAGAAAUCUGGAAUAUGUCGAGUGAGGACAAACGCAAAGCCCUUAAACGUCUUUACCUCCAGUGGCAUCCAGAUAAAAACCCAGGCAACGAAGAGCUUUCCACUGAGGCUUUCAAAUACCUGCAAACUAGAAUUGAAGAACUGCAACAAGGGAAAACUGCACAUAACACAUCCUCGAAUGGGAGAGACUUCAGCGAUUACUUUUACCAGUGGAACACAGAGGCACAAAGCCACAGGAGAGGACGUGAGAGGUUCCACAAGAACAAUUAUAGACGGAACUAUAACUUUUGGUCACACCACAGAGAAACUCCAAGGCCAGACAGAGAGGAGGCUAAACGCUGGUAUGAACAGGCACGAUGUGACAUUAGUGCUGCUCACAAUGACACUGGAGGAGAUACCUCGGAAUGGUGUCUGUUUAAGGUACACCAGGCUGUGGAAAAAGCCCUGAUAGCGGUGGUGUACAGGAAAAUAGGACAGCGUUCCAACAGCAGUUCAAUAACAUGUCUUGCUCAGCAGGUGUCUUACUACAGCUCACAGUUGAGUUCUGUUCCCGUUACUGUGAGACAACUGAUUGAACUUGGUGUUGAUGCUAAAAAAACUCAAUAUCCAAAUUAUCACCAAUCUCCUCACAUUCCAAACAGACAGUACAAUGUUGAGAAUGCCAGAAAGGCUCUGGACAUCGCAAAAGAGCUUUUAUCGAAAGUAGACCAAUACAUCAAUGGAUUUCUCUAAACUUGUGAAUUUAUUCAGUUAAGCCAGUCAUCAGGAUAUCUUUAUAAGUAAAAUAUAAGUACAGUUAUAUAAGUGAUAUUCUGAUCACAUAUUUUCUAAUGAAAUGCGAGGCACUGGUGAUGGUUUUGUGUAGGUAUAUAUUUUGGCAGUUUUGUCUAUUUAGUACUACUAUUAUGCAUUAUGGAAAUGCUUUCUUGUAAUGACUCUUUUUAAUAUUUUGAUAAUGAAAGUUAUAUGUACUGGAUAUUGCUUUAUGCAGGAAUAUGUUUAGGUUGGUGGAGGUUAAUUUUUAUUUGUAUUUUUGGUCUACUUCAUAUUACUAUUAUGAGGUUUUCUUUUAAUGACUCUUUGUAAUCUUCAUUUGAUAAUGAAGAUGAAAGUCAUUGGAUUUUGUUUUCCAUAUUUUUGGAAUCCAUAUGUUUUGGUGGGUGGGUUUUUUAAAGUCUUUUUUGUCUAUUAAGUACUACUGUUUUGCAUAAUGGAAACGUGUUCUUGUAACACCUACUUAAGCAUCAUUUGAUCAUGAAAAUCAGAAACACUGGAUUGUUUUAUGCAGGCAUGUUUUGUUGGGUGGAGGUUAGUUUUUCUUUUUUUUGCCUUUGUCUAUUUAGUAAAACUGUAAUUCAUUAUGGAAAUGUAUUCUUGCAAAAACUGUUUCACAAAAUUAUUAAGAUUUUUCUCACGUGUAAUAAUAUAUACAUAACCUACUUAAAAUCUGCUAAUAAACUUCAGUA